CACUGGUCCAGAGUGGAGGCAGAAUUGCAUAUCGCUUCAGCCAUGUCAAGCUACUGCUUAAAACUAACAGUAUGACAAAGGAGGGGCAGCCAGAACAACGGCCUGUGGAACAAAAGGUUCCAAAUAAACUCCAGAUCACAAGGACGGAGAAACAGAAAGUGGAGCACGUGGUCCCACAAUCAACACUUACGUCUAUUGUGAAUCCAAAUGAGGCCCCAACUACUAGUAGAGCCGCCAUUCAAAAAAGGCUUUGGAUGCGGCCACCUGUGGGUGGAGCAUCAACAACUCCAAAAGAGCGCCAGAAGGAAAAAGGGCCACGAAGAGCUCGACUUCAAAAGGAAGUCGAACGCUCUCUCAAUAAAACUCAACAAAAAUGAGCACCAUAGGGGUGUUACAGGCGAACCUGCACCACGCGAAAGGAGCAUCGGCUACCUUGUGCAGGACCUUCGCCACAAAAGGACUGGCCAUAGCGCUUAUCCAGGAGCCAUGGACAGUCGGUGGGCAUAUAAAAGGCCUUCAACAUCAAUCAAAUUUCAUCCAGAGGGACUUGGUGUCGGCCAUUUUUGAGAUCCCGACGGAGUGCGGAACACGAGAGAUCGUGAUCGCAUCGGCCUACUUUCCAGGCGAUGCAGAUGAAGCACCACCUGAAGCAGUCACA